AUGAGUGGAGCACAGAUGGAUGUAGUGCCAAAUACAGAGCCUGUGUGGCUGUUUGGUUAUGGUUCUCUAAUAUGGAAGGUCAAUUUUCCCUACCAGGAGAAGGUGGUGGGCUAUGUGUGUGGAUUUUCCAGGAGGUUCUGGCAGGGGAGCACCGACCACAGAGGCACUCCGAAAGCUCCUGGCAGAGUGGUAACUCUAGUACAAUCAAAGGAAGACAGGACAUGGGGCAUUGCAUACAAAGUGAAACCACAAGAUGUCUCUGAAACAAUGGCCUACCUAGAUAAAAGAGAAAUUGACGGCUAUAAAACUCACCAAGUGGAAUUCUUCCCUGCUAUUCCAAACCACCAGCCCACAAUGAAGGUUCUAGUGUACAUUGCCACAGAGACGAAUCCAAGCUACCUGGGUCCAACAGAAAUGGGAGCUCUAGCUCAGCAGAUUGUAAACUCUAGAGGUCCCAGUGGUUGCAAUGUCGAGUACGCCAUGGAGCUAGCUAAGGGGAUGAGAGGGAUUGCACCACACAUUCAAGACACACACUUGUGCGAGUUGGAGGCUAAAAUAAAGGAGUUGCUACAAAAGAGAAAGUUGGAUGAAACUGAUGGCAAGGAGAAACUAUGUGCAUGCUCCUACUGUAGCUAAAGGCUUUCAUUAUUGCGUGCUCUUACUAUACUGUACUGUUACAGACUAUAGACAAUUGACAAAGCUUUCACUAUUAUUUUGUAUCUACAAAGUUUUUAACAAGGCGAUAUAUUGUGACAUUGUCUGACUUUGUCCAUCUCAUAAUGAUUUCAUACUUGAA